UGUUAUACCUCAGAUAUAAAAUUAAACUAUAACCAAAUCUACACAAUUUGUUCGACUUUCUUAUUAAAUACUACUAAAAAAUGGCGGAAGACUAUAAACCAGGAACCGUUCCACUAGAAGAGCAAGAUAAUCGAAAGUUAUUCUGCAAAUAUCACUACAAAGGCGUGCUAGUGAUACUAAUACCCCUAGUACUUGCUCCCAUGUUUCUGGCCCAACCGAUUCUGGUUUUUCGGUUUCUGUAUUUGACCUUCUGCUUCUAUUUGUAUUACAUUUUAAAUGUAAUUGCAAGAGGAGCAUCUGCAUUUAUAUAUAUUACCCUAAUACCAAUAUGUGGAAUCGAAUCUUCAAAGCCACUCAGUAUUACCUAUUAUGGCGAUCUAAUAUUUCUAGUAUACGCUUGCGUUAUUAUGGGCUGUGCGAUGGAUACUUCUAAGGUUAGCGAUCGCCUUGCCAUAGAUAUGCUAAAACUUUGCUCUGGCAGUAUAAAAAGGAUACAGAUAUUUUUAACAAUCUUUGUGUUGUUCACUUCCGCUAUGGUAAAUCCCACAUUGGCCGCAGCCUUUGGGAUGAAAGUGGCUCAAGCUGCGUUGGUGGAAUUGGAUAAAGGAGGAGUUAUCAAACUCUAUUCCGAAGAAAAACCGUAUGAAGUUGGAGCCAAACCCUAUCCUACACUCCCUGCCGUUGGGGUGUUUUUAUCAUGCGGCUAUGCUGCCGCAUUGGGUGGUAUGAUGUCGCCUUUCGUGAAUCCCAAUGGUGUCACUGCAGACAACUAUAAAGGGCUGGAUAUUAUCGGUUUGGUGAUGAUUACAGCGGGGCCUGCAUUAAUAGGAGUGAUAGCUAUGAUUGUCUGGAUCCAAUGUAUCUUCUUCGGAAUGCUGGGCGGUAAAGUGAAGGCGGAACUUCAGGAGGGGUCUGCCAACAGGCCGGCCUUCAACCAGGCACUUGUCGAGAAAAAAGCUGCUCUCGGAAGCUGGAAUUCACAUGCCAAACUUACCUAUGGCCUCAUCCUGUUUUUGUUUAUUCUGGUGGGCAGUCGUCAACCGAAUUUAUGGAAUGGCUGGGAUAAAUGGAUAGGAGGCGUCGGAUGUGGCCUCUCCGUACCAGCUGUAUUUGUUGCAAUUCUUUUCUUUGCAGUCGCAGCGAAUUUUCUAUUUUGCCGAUAUUAUAUCUGCCGGGAGCCAGAGAAAUCGGGAACUGCACCGUCGCUGGUCGGCUGGAAGUCGGUGAACACUAACUGCCCCUGGGCGGACAUCUUCAUGCUGGGGGGCGCGGUGAGUGGCAUCGUCUGUGGUGUCCCCAGCACAUACUAUGCCACCGUGGUCACAGCCUUAAAGACAGACAAAGGAGGUCCUUUUCUGCACUCUCUCUAUGGCGCCUUGUACGGAACCUUGCUGACGAGUCUAGGCCCGGGAACGACUGUUGCUCAAUUUGCCCUUCCAAUUGUCCUUAAAGCAGGCCAUACAUUCGCGCUACCAUUUGCCACCUCGUUGAACAAUUCUUUUUUAUUGCCAACGAGUUCGCCAGCAAAUACGAUUGUUAGUGGUUGGGGAAACGUCAGACCCUACCUAUUUCUCAUUGGUGGAAUAGUUCCAAGCAUUGUUACAUUUUUGGCGGUUUUUGGCACGACCUGUAUCCUUCAGUCGUCUGUUCUAAAGAAAUAAAACUGUAGCUUGGCUGUUUUUUUCUUGUGUAGUGUAAAAGUCAAAUAAAAUUGU